GUUGAUACCCUUCCACUACUGUGAUGCACUACCCAUACUUGGAUACCCAGUCUACCCCACCUCGUAUCUUUAUCAGGCCAGGUGUCACAAUUGAUUUGAACUCAUCAACGAAAGCCCUAUUGGAGGAGUUCUGUGAGCCUAAAGAUAUUACCACCUUUAGUGAUACCAUAGAAAGUGAAGAUGAGGCUAGAAGGACAGUCUUCGCCUUAAAAGAGAUGGAAGUACAUUGGCUCUCAAUCAGGGUCGAUAAGCUUGACCAGCAUCUGCUGAAGAAGAUAACAGAAUUGCGACAUCUGGACACCCUACUUAUCCAUUCUAUAAAAACCACUGGAAAGUAUCAUUCGCGUGUCGAUGAUAUUGUUUCACUAUUUAGUGGAAUGAAAAAUCUCAAACACCUCGAAUUCAAUUUUGAAGUAACGGAUAUCUGCUACGAUCUAGCAAAGGAUUACGAUUUCAAACAUCAGUAUCGACUCGUAGAGAAGCUCGGUGUGGGAUGUCCAUCUUUGAAAUAUGUUCAGACUAUCACAGAUGGUAUGACGACGUCUUGGGAAAUAGAGCAGAGUAUGGGCUAUGGUAGCAGAUGGCCAGUUCCUAAACAAAAAGCAGGUCAACAGCGUCUUAAGAAUAGUGGCGAUGUUUUCUCAAAACGUAAAUCUGACUUCAAUAGCAGACGUUGGUUUGGAAUCGGUAGCCCGGUCGCAACUCCAUUCAACACAUUUAGUACCUACCCUGGUUUACCAGCCUAUUCAAACAACGCUAUGAACCCAAUAGAACAGUUCUAUCAAGCCCAGUAUCAAAAUCAAAUGAACAACCUCAUGCCGUUUGGAUAUAGUAUGUAUGGAUCUGAGAGACCAUUCGCUAUGCCGCCUCCAGCACCUGUUGUACCUGCUUGGGGACAUGAACUCAAAGAAUAUCCAAUAUGGUCAUACGAUGAUUACAAUCCAAAUGACUAUCCAGAUUGGCACCGAAAGAGACACCAAGCUAGACCUAUCCAAAAGCGCAAGACUGUGUCUUUUUUAUGA